CCAUGGGGGGGUCCGCAUGUGCCUAAGGUCCCUGCCAGGGACAGACAUGCCCUGUGUGCACCACACACGCAUGUAGAUGCAUGUGCUCCUGGGUGCACACAUAUGGACAGGUGUGCUCACACACAGAUGCCAGCACACAGUCAAGCGCAGGUGUGCACGUGUGCAAGCCCACACACGACCCUCGGGCAGGAACACCGCUGAGCCAGGCCCCCCAGUGAGGAGACGUGUGCCCUGGGCAGCUGCCAACAGUGAGCUAAGCCUCCAGCUCCCCUGGGCUUGGGAGCAGGUGCCCGCUGCGCCUGGGGCCCCCAGGGGCUGACAAGGCAGCGUCACCUGGCAUAGCCCCGGCCCCUCCCCUACGCACCUACCUGGCGGGUGUUGCUGCGGGAGUGGGUGGCCGGCAGGGCAGGGUGCUGAGCAAGGCAUGGAGAUGAGUGGAGACCCCAGUGCCCCCAGCCUGCACCACCCCUGCACCCCGAGGCUCAGUUGCAGGAGCUGAUGCCAGGGAGGCUGGGAGCGCCGGUAUCUGGAGCCCUUGACGCCUGGUCUACAAGGUGCCCGCAUCUGCCACAUCCGCCGCCUGGGCUUGGAGCAGCCUCCCUCUAGGACAGACGGAAUCCUUAGUGCUCAGCCUAACCUGGACCCCUGCCUGCCACCCCAAUACCUUCCUGCCAGGACGACCGUGCACACCUCGAGCCAUGGGCCCCAGAGCAGGUGCCCUGGUGAGCCCGGGCCUCGCCCUCCUGGUGUCACUCACAGCCCACUGCUCUCAUCCCCAGGCCGAGGGCACCUCUCAGGGAGGGCUGGAUGCCAGCUGGGCCGACCUGUGGGUCAGUGCCAACACCUCCUUCCUGCAAGGCUUCUGGUGCCAGCCGGCCAGCCAGCUGUCUCGGGAGCAGCUUGCCGCUCUAAUCAGGCGGAUGGCAACACAGCGGGUCUUCCUCAGAGCCUGGCAGCUCAGCUGCCUGGCCAACCUGGCCGCCUGGCAAGGCCUCCAGGGCGACUUCGAGCUCCACCCCCCCGACCUGCUGCUCUUCUAUGACCUGACGCAGGUGACAGAAGCCGACUGCCGGGCCUUCAUCCGCCGUGCCGCCCAGGGUGACACGGAGCUGCUGGCCAACCUGCCGGACCAGAGGGCCGCCCUGCAGCACAGGGCCUUGGCCUGCCUGGGAGGGCCCCGCCCGAGGCUCAGCGCCUCUGACCUGCUGCUUCUCGGGGCCCUGGUGUGUGACAUGGACGCCUCCAGCAUCGCGGCCGCAGACCCGCAAGUGCUGCACAACCUGCGAUGCUGCCCCCGGCUGACGGACGCCCAGCAGGCCGCCCUCAACAGGCUGCUGGCCAGCGGCAGGAGUGCGCUCGGGCUCCCUGGCUCCUGGGACCUGGAGGGGCUGCAGGCUCUGGGACCCCUGGCCACCUACAUCAGCCCCGGCCUGUGGGUACAGGUUCAGGAGGCCGUGGGCCUGGACUUCUUUGGCAGCAUAGUGGCCGCGUACCGGGCAGGGCAGCUCAGCCAGCGUGACGCCCAGCGCUUCGUCACCGGCUUCCUCAAGGCCAAGGCCAAACUGGUGUCCUCACGGCCCAAGCGACACACAGGGAGACCCUGCACCCGUGGCGACAUCACCGCGGCCAUGCUGCACGAUGACCUCUUCCUGGUGCGCUACGACUGUACUCAGCUGGAGUCCUGCCUUGACAGCCGCAUGCUCAGGACCAACCUGGACCCCCUGCUGCAGCAGCCACUGCCUGCCGAGUGCCAGCAAGUCGUCAAGGCCAAACUGAUGCAGGUCUACCCCGGCGGCCUCCCUGAGGAUCAGCUGCGGCUCAUCCCCUCGCUGGCCUACCUCUACUCCCGCGCGGAGAUCGGCCAGUGGCACGUCACGUCCAAGGACACGGUCGUGGCCCUGCUGUCCCCAGAUGGGGCCCUGGAGAACCAGACUGAGGCCGUGCUGCAGAAAUUUCUGGACCACAACGGCACUGUCACGGGCGCCCUGCUCGUGGCUAUUGGGGGCUCCCGCCUCUGCUGGAUGAGCCCCCAGCAGAUCCAGGCUAUCAGGCCCUCAGAGUUCCGGCUGGCGGGGGCCCUGGAUGUCUCCUCCUGCCCUCAGAGCCGCAAGAACGUGCUCUACGCCAAAGCCCGCGAGGCCUUCGGCAGCGCCAGGACCACGGCCGCCUACUACCGCUUCAUGCGUCCCUACCUCGGCGGCGCCCCGGUGGAGGAGCUGCGGCAUUUGGCCCAGGCCAACGUCUCCAUGGACAUCGAUACCUUCACCAACCUGAACCCCCGGGUGCUGCAGAGCCUGAGCGUGGGCAACGUGACGACGCUGCUGGGCCAGAACGUGGGGGACCUGCAGAAGGCCCGCAGCCACCCCACCAUUAGCUCCUGGCUCCGCAGCCUCAACCAGUCGGCCCUGGGCGAGCUGGGCCUGGACAAACACCCCACCGGCCCCACCAGACCCACCCACUCGACCACCGGGACCCCCAGCACCACCCUCUGGACUCCCCAUCCAGGGCUCACCUCCCACCGGCCUGGGGGCCAUGCCCCCAGCUCAGGCAGCCCACCUGUCCCCCUGGGUCACCUGCCACUUGCUGUGGCCCUGCCCUCAGGCCUCCUGUGGCUGCUGUAUAGGGGCACACUGUGGCCCAGCUGGGACUGCUCACAUGGCCUCCAAGGACAGUGCUGCCCCAGCACCACAAGCAGGAAAGCUGGCGCUGGCAGGUGGAGCUGGACGCCUGGCCAGGCCGAGAUGCCAGCUCCAGGCCCAGGGGACCUGGCCAUGUCCCACAUCCUAGGACCUACAGGGCCAGCCCCUGCCCACACCCAGCUCCAAGAACAGGAGCCAGACUGAAGCCCUGGGCCCGGGGC